CGACCGAAUUCGGAUAAACCCGCAGGUUGACAACCUUGCCGACAAGAAAAGUUGGGUUGGGAGACUUUCUCAAGUAGUUUGCCACGAGGGAGAGGAGAGGAGAGGACCAUUCUCCAUUCUCCACAUCCCCGAGCCAUCCAUUCCCCAUCUCCAAGCCCUACAUUUAUGCUCUCUGCUGGAAUCAAGUAGAGUUGCAGAGCUUCAGCAGCAGCAGCAGCCGCAGCCGCCAUGAAUGUUAUAGCAGCAUUCGCCGGCUUUCUCGUGGCUUGUUUGGUGGCAUUUACCCUUCAGGUCUUCUUCACCUCCCCAAUUUCUCCCGACGCACUCCACCUCCCUUCUCUCUCUGGCCCUCAACCGAACAACGAAUUACAGAAGGUGAGCAAAAUAGGGGAAGGAGUGAUUGAUGGGCCAGAGGAUCUUUUCGUGGACAAGGAUGGAGUUCUGUACACAGUGACCAGAGAUGGUUGGAUCAAAAGAAUGAGAAUCCAUGGAGAUGGCUCCUUCGAGAACUGGAUGAGGAUCGACAGCUCCGCUGGCCUUGGUAUCACGCCUUCCAAGGAUGGUGGAGUUCUCAUCGCCGAUGCUGAAUUGGGUUUGCUCAAGGUUACUGAUGAAGAUGGCCCUACUGUCCUUGCAUCGCACAUCAAUGGAGCCGAAAUAAGUGCAUCAUUUGAUAUGUGAAUGUAGUAUAACAUGAAUAGCUCCUUUGGAUGAUGAUCACGGUGGUCAGAUUUGCAGAAGAAUUGGUGGAAUCUUCAGACGGGACCGUGUAUCUAAGUAUUCCAUCCACCAAAUUUGGGUACCACAACUGGUAUCAUGACAUUCUGGAGGCAAAACCAAAUGGCCAGAUUCUCAAGUACGAUCCAUCUACCAAUCAGACAACCGUUCUUCUCGACAAUCUUUGUUUCCCCAACGGGGUUGCACUUCCCAAAGAAGAAGACUAUCUCGUGUUCUGCGAGACAUGGAAGUUUAGAUGCCAGAAGCACUGGUUAACUGGGGAGAAGAAAGGCAAGACUGAAAUAUUCGUGGAGAACCUCCCUGGGGGACCUGACAACAUACAUUUGGCUCCUGAUGGGUCGUUCUGGAUCGGUCUAAUACAGAUAGUCUCUGAAGGCCAAGGGUUUCUGCAUGCUUCAAAGCUGCUCAAACACUUGGUAGCAUGGUCUCCAAAGCUGCAGGAUUUCCUGUCGAGGGUGCUUUUCACAAAGGCUAGAGUUGUGAAUGUGGGAGCAGAUGGAAGCAUCAUCAGGAUGCUUGAUGACCCUAGUGGAGAAGUGAUCAGUUUCGUGACCGCUGCUUUCGAGUUUGAAGGACAUCUCUACCUGGGCAGCCUGACUGGAAAGUUCAUUGGCAAGUUGCCUCUAUCCGGAACAUGAGUGACUCGGCGAAAAUGAUGAUUCAAAGCGAAGCUUGGAGGAAACCUAUGGCUCUCCCACACCCCAGCAGAGAUAUGGUGUUCACAGAUAAGAAGAGGGAAGGGGAGACUGCUGGCUUCAAGGGGUUAGGAGGAAUCGUUUUGGUUGUUUUACUAUACAGGCCUUGUUACGUUUUUCCUUGGACAAUUUGUGCUUGGUAUAGGGUUAAUCAUGAAUCCUUCUAAUUCUCGUCAUAUGUUCUUCCUCCAAAGCAUAAUCUGCUCUACUUUUGUUCUUUCUUCCUUUCAUCAUUGAGGGGAUGUCAAGAUCCCAAGCUCUCAUUUAUCAAGGUUGGGAGUUGUAUGGAUGCAUACUUAACUUUGGGUCUAUCUUUCCUUGGUUCAUACUGACAGAGUGACAGUAACUUCAAAGUCUGGUGUAGGAUGAAAUGCAUAACAUUUCUUUUAUUAUAAAUAGGAG